AUGAGUGGGCCAAACAAUGCAAUAGAGAUAAUUCCAAAUAAGUUAUAUUGGAUCAGCGACCGUGCACCUCCACGAAAUCAAGCCAACUCCUAUUAUUUUUGCAUUGAUAAUGAAUUAGUUUACCAGCCCUUUUACCUUGACUUUGGUCCUUUAAACAUUGGAAUGGCCUACAAAUUUUGCACAGAGCUGGAAAGACUUAUAAGAAACCCUUCUUACAACUCUUACAAAAUCUAUCAUUUUACAUCACUUCUGCCAAACAAGCGAGCCAACGCAGCUUAUCUAAUGGGUGUUUUCCAAGUUCUUGUUUUAAAUAAAACUGCAGAUGAAGCUUGGCAGCCAUUUUCAAGUCUUCCUCCUUUUGAAGGAUUUAGGGAUGCAGGCGGGACAAAUUGUCCUUAUCGGUGCACGAUUCUGCAAUGCUUAAGAGGGCUCGAAAAAGCUAUUAAACUUGGCUGGUUUGACAUGGCGACGUUCAAUAUAAAAGACUACGAAUUUUAUGAGAAAGUGGAAAACGGAGACUGGAAUUGGAUUAUUCCAGGCAAAAUGCUGGCUUUUGCAUGUCCAAGCCCGACACAAAUUGACCAGCAAGGGUUUAGGGUAUGGACUCCUGAAGAUUAUGUACCUUUAUUUAAACAAAUUGGAAUCACUGCUGUGGUGAGACUAAAUAAUAAAACCUAUGAAGCUGAAAGGUUUACCAGGCAUGGGAUAAGGCAUUAUGAUUUAUAUUUUCUUGAUGGAUCAGUGCCUUCAAAUGAAAUUAUUGCUGAGUUUUUGAGGAUUGCAGAAAGAGAGCCGGGAGGACUUGCGGUCCAUUGUAAAGCUGGGCUAGGGAGAACUGGAACUCUAAUUGGAAUGUAUGCUAUGAAGCCUAAAUUAAAUAUGAUUAUUAAGCUGCUGGUGAUAUAAAGAGCCAUCUUAACCCGCUACUUAAAACUCCUCUGAAUGCUAGCAGUUUCGUGGAUUGCGUUGAUUUUGAGUCUUACUUAUCUAUCAUGCUUCGCCUCGCCCACAGAAAGGAAAAGUGGUGAAAGCCUAUGCCUCCUAAACCUCAAAGAUCAGGUUUCAAGGGCUAAGCGCUCUCUAAUAUGCUGCUUGCCUGGUAUAGCGGAUAAAGGCCCACUUACAAAACUAACCCCAUAAUAAUAAAAUUGUUGAUAGAAAAUGUUCUCGAAGAGAGCAUAUUCUGAAGACACCCAUUUUUAAUAAGUACACUAUGAAGCAUUUCAGAUUUAGAGCAGAAGAUUUUAUAGGCUAUAUUAGGCUUUGCAGACCUGGUAGUGUUCUAGGCCCUCAACAGCAAUUUUUGUGUGAUAUGCAAGAGCGAGUAUUUUCAUGGGGCGAUGAGUAUAGAACUGAACAUGAAAUUACCGCCGGAGUUUCAGUAAUUUUUAUUUAGAAGCUUAAUGUAAGCAACAAUGAAGAGCAAAAAACGCCGAUGUCUCCUGAAGAUAAAUUUAUUUCUAUGUAUGGAGAUAAAGGCCAAGCAGACAGACUAGUCAAUGCCAAAAAAUCGAAUCAAAGCUCUCCAGUUACAAGUCCUUUUAUGCCUAAGGAUAAAGGAUCUUCCGCACAGAAUCGAGCGAAUUCUACAAGCCCAGAAACUAAAAAGGUGAAAGCAGGACUUAGCAUAUUUGAUAAAGGGCCAGCUCGCCAUACUACGCCAAACUCAGUUCGUACUAAUAACACGAAAAAAGCAGGAUUCUUGAGAUAG